AUGGCAGAUAGAAAGACGCAAGAACGUUUGCCAUCAUCAUCUAUAACACAUGUUUUAAGUGAACUCCAACGUAUAUUCAAACCACAAGAAUUGAACCAAAUAGCUCCAUUGAUGAAAUCAAUAAUUCGACCAGCUGACAAUGAUGAUGAUAAAAAUUCUUCUUUAGAACAAAGUGAACAAAUUUUUAAUGGAACUUUAAUCAACACUAAUAAUAAUAAUUCAAUAUCAGAAGCAGCUGGUUUUGAUUUAGGUCGAUUAGGAGAGAUUGAUGCUGAUGCACAAUUUGCUCUUCAACUUCAACAAGAAGAAUAUGAAAAAGAUAGUUUCAGACCAAGUCCACGCUCAUUUUUUCCAUUUCAAGUACAGGAAGAUGAUGAAUCAUCUAUUGAAACUUUACAUCCUUUCUUCAAUACUACUGAACCACAUUUUGAAAAUGAUGAACAAUAUGCAGCAUAUUUACAAGAACAAGAAAGACGGCCUAGUCAACAAUAUAAUAAUCGAUUAAUACCACCACAUAUUCAAUUUCGACAACAAGCAAAUCCUGAAUUAUCAGAAACUUCAGCAACUACUGAAUCUAACACUCCACCUAUUCAACCAUUUUUCAGAUUUCCUCAACGACGUUCUUCAAAUACUGAUGAUGAUAGUGAUGAAGAUAAUCCUUAUAGGGCAAUGACUUAUCCAUUUUUUCAAUUAUUUGCUAAUCAAGGUCGACCUUUACCAGGAAAUUUAGCUUCAAUAUUUCCUGGUUUUCGAGCACGUGGUCAUCGUCGUACAGGAAAUCUUCAAGAAAUUGAAGAAGAUUUUGGUCCAGAAGAUUAUGAACGAUUACUUCAACUUGAUGAUACAAUACAUAAAAAAAAAUUAACUGAACAUCAAAUUAAUAGUAUUCGACAAGAAAAAUUUAUUCCUAAUUCAAAUAAUACUGAUGAAGAAAAUAAAUGUGGUGUAUGUCUUGAACUUUUUGAAAAUCAACAAACAGUACGUCGAUUUCCGUGUAAUCAUAUAUAUCAUAAAGAAUGUGCUGAUCGUUGGUUACAAGAAAAUAAUGUUUGUCCCAUCUGUCGAGAACCACCAAUUCAUGUAUCAUCGUCAACAAAUCAACGUCACCAUAGAAGCAUCAACAAUAUGAGACGACCAGCAAACAAUAAUCGAGUUUUUAGCAAUCGAAAUAAUAAUAAUAAUAACAACAAUAGCACUGCUCAUAAUAACAAUAAUAAUAAUAAUAAUAAUAAUAAUAAUAAUAAUAAUAAUAAUAAUUAUCAUCGAAGAGGACAAGCACCUCAACAUUCAUCAAUAUCAAGAUUAAUUAAUCAAGAUAAGAAUAAUCAUGUCUCUCGUUCUCUUAAAGCUGUAAAAGCUACACGAUCACGAAUAAUACCAUCUAUAUCUCUAACAGCAAUGCAAGAAGAUCAUGAUUAUGAUGAACCACCAUGUCCUAGUUUUGAUUUACAUCUAUAUGCACAUAUUGAUCAUUCGUCACUGAAUCGAUGUGUUUUUACACCAAUUCCUCAUCAAACAGUUUCACAAGAUGAACAAUCACAACAAAUAUUACGUAAACGUAAAUUUGAUUCAGUUGAUUCUGCUAGCGAAUAUGUUAAAAAUACAAAAUUUGGUAAUGAUAAUGGUGAAUUAGCUGAUAUUAUAUAUCAUAUGGAUAUGCGUCUUGAUGAACUAACACGUACAUGUAAUGGAUUACGUUCAAGUAUUCAUACAUUAACAAAAAUGGUAACACAAUUAGUUAACAAUCAAACACAAAAUACAGAUAUAAAUGACUUUGAUGAUACAUCAAACAUGGAAUUACCUUAUACACGUUCGUCAUCAAAUGUAUCAUCAAAAUCAACAUCGAAUAGAAAUAAACGAAUACAUAAUGGUACAGAUAUUGUUUCACAAAGACCAACAGAAUUUUUAUGUCGACUUAUACGUAAAGUUUAUUCAACAAAUGAAAUUGUUGCUGGUAUUAAUCCUGAUGAACGACUUGAUAGAAUUAAAGAAGCUGUAGCUGAUCGAUAUUUUCCUGAUGAACCCGAACGAUUUGAAACAUUUUGGUCUAGAGAAGCACAUCAAUCGAUUCUUGGUCAAGCACGUGCUCAACGAUGUCGAGAUAAAAAAGCCAGAAAUUAUCUUGCAAGCAAUCAUUGA